AUGGACUACGGAACGAUAUUUCAGCAGAUAGAAGAAGCCUGUGCUGAUAUGCAGGUACCAGCCACCCGCCAUGCGGGAGAACAAGUUCUUCUACAAUUUAGACAGACAUCAGGCAACUUGGCUGCAUGUCAAUACAUCUUGGGUAUGAUAGCACAAGUGAGAAGGGUUCAGAAAAUUGGAAAAAUUAGAACAUUGAUUAUGGUGGAUCAGAAGAGAUUGAGAUAG